GCAGUUGAUUUUGAUAUCUGGAUCGUGAUGGUUAGGUGUGAGAGUGAACCCUGUUUCUUGCUGGUAUGAGUGUUGUAGAAUAGGUGAUUUACCAGAGCCUUGUUUUAGGUAUUUCUUCAGGCAACACUAGGUUAUUAAGGUCUUUCCAUGCCCUUCAAGUUCCCAGUUUCCUUGAUUUUUUACCAUAGGAGACCGUAAUCCUGUGAUUCUUCGACCGAUUCAAGCCAACUGAACUUGCAGGGAAAGACAGGCUGCCCCGGAGGGAACCAACUUCAAGAAACUUUUUGAUUCUCUGGGAUAUUCGGAACAAUCCAAGAUACUUCACAUCCUGCGAGGAUACCUCAUGGGAAUGUGAAAUAAGGUGGCUUGAAAUCUGCAUAUUUAGGAUAACCAUCGUUUGAGACACUGUCCGUAGCUGAUCUUCAAACUCUGUAUUUUCAUUUCAAAAGGCCAUUCUCGAUUCAAGUUUACAAUUCCAACGCUUAAAACUUUAAUUUUAUUACCAUAUUCCGGAAAUCACUUAAUCACAAAGCAAACUAGUCCACUAAUGGUAAUAACUGACAGAAAGUUUUGAUUGCUGCAAAUAAAACAAAGAAGAUGCUGCACUCACAUCAAUUAUAAGAUUUAGAAUUUCCUUGAUCCAGUAUCUAAAAUUCACAAUAUUUGAAUCCAAGAUGGCUAGUACACCCCUGUAUACCCUUCUCUGUUUGUGGAUUAACUGUGUGCUAUUCUCUCUAUCUGGAGGAUUGUCUCUGAAGUAUGAUAUAUUAGGAAGGAAUGGAUCUCUAAAGUGGACCUCAAUCGCUACUAAUGGAUGCCAACUUACCUACACCAGCCAUGGAAUGGACGCCAGCUGUAAAAAUCUUGGUCUUCAUUCUGUUCCUAAAGGUCUUCCACACAACACAAUAGUGCUUGAUCUCUCUAGAAACAAAAUUAAAACUCUCCACAACAAAUCUUUCUCCUAUCUUCCAGACAUAAUCAAACUUGACCUGUCCUUCAAUGUCAUCACUGUGAUAGAAGAUGGUACCUUUAAGCCUCUGGGUAAUCUCACAGAAUUAAAUCUGGGAAGUAACUACAUAGAGUCUUUACCAGAAGGUUUACUUCAUUCAAAUAAAUUUCUCUCCGUUUUCAAACUUAAUUUGAACUAUUUGAGUUCAGUCCCCAAAGAUGCUCUUCCAUGGUCUAAAAAUAUGAAAUCACUUGAUCUGGGUAAAAAUCACAGAAUAUCCUCCAUAUCAUCCCUUGACUUUGCACAUCUUCAGAAUUGCCCACUCAUGAAACUUGACAUGAGUAAUUGUGGCUUAUACAAUCUUUCAACAAAUACUUUUGCAGCUUUAAAGAGUAUUCAUCAUUUACUACUUGAUUCAAAUCAUAUGCAGGAAAUUCACAUCUCUUCCUUUUCAGGAAUCAAUAAAAUAAAUGAACUAAGCUUGAUAUUCAGCAAUAUAAAGAAUAUAGUUCCACUAAACCAAUCUGUUCACCAUCCUCAUCGUUCUCCCAAAAUACAUUUGAUAAAUCUCUCUUGGAAUGAGCUGAUCUCCUUUCCAGAUUUUGUGUUUUGGGGAUUAAAUCAAACAAAUAUCCUCAAACUGGACAAUAAUCAGAUUUUUUCUUUAUCUAACUAUACAUUUUGUGGACUAGACCAGUUGAUUGAAUUAGAUUUAUCAUAUAAUGAAUUAAUAUAUUUACCUGAAGGCAUGUUCUUCUGUAAUAAACUGUUACAAAAAUUGAGACUUAAUCACAAUAUGAUAGAAAGCUGGUCUGGAAGUACAAUUUCUAAUCUAUGCUCUUUGAAUCACUUAAACCUAUCUGAUAACAACAUAUACAAUAUUGAUAAUGCUAACCAAACACUUUCCUCAUUGGAAUCUCUAGAUCUUUCUUUCAACGACUUUCAACAGGUACAACUAUAUUAUAAUUUUCUACAAUGUUAUAAAAAUCUCAAAAGGCUGGACAUGUCUUACAAUGCUAUGAAAUGGAUUUCUCCUCAUGCAUUCUCAAGUGUAACCAACCUAGAAGAGCUCUACCUCACCAAUGAACUAUUGAUCUAUUAUACCAAACCUUUCCAAGACAUGAGUAAUCUUCACAUAUUGGACUUGUCAUCUGCAAUACGGGACAUGACUUCUGAUGCCAUGCUGUUUACAAAUUUAACAUCUCUUCAGAGAAUGUUUUUAUGUAAAAACAACUUACAGAGCAGACAUUUAUUUGAUACUUUGACUUCUCGAUCCCUAUUUACAAGUCUUGAAACUUUGUUAACACUGGACUUGAGAGAGAAUGACCUGGAUAUGUUAGCACCAGGAACUUUCAAUCCCCUUAAGAAACUUGAAAUAUUGCUCCUUUCUCAGUCAUCUGUUAAAGUGUUGUUUUCUAGUGUUUUCAAAGGUUUGACUUCUCUUAAAACAUUGGAUCUCAGUGACAAUUAUAUCUCAUCAAUUUCUGAUGAUAUAUUUCCAAUACAAUCUCAGCUUAGUAUUUUGAACAUGAGCAAUAACAAUCUUGGUAUUAUUUCUUCAACGCUAUUCAAUAUAAACCCACAAUUGCAAAGACUUUACAUUCAACAAAACAAAAUAACUACAAUAAAACGAGGGAAAAUAUUUCCAAAGAAUUUCAGAAUAGACGCAUCAAGAAACCCUUUCAGCUGUACAUGUGACUUGCGCUGGUUUGUAAGGUGGCUACGCUCGACCAAUGUUGAAGUCAUCCAUCCAAAUGAUACAGUUUGCUCACAAUCUUCAAUCAAAGACAUGGUAGAAUCACCAAUCCUGUCAUUUAAUCCGGAUAAAUACUGUGGCAUCAACAUCCUUCUUAUCACAAGUGUGUCUUUGACAGCUAUUCUGGUUGUAGCACUUUCCUUGUUUGCAUACUGGAAACGAUGGUGGUUCAACUAUAAGGUAUUCCUUCUUCGACUUGCCAUUUGUGGCUACAAGGAGUUGAUCCAGGACUUUGAGGACCACGACUAUGAGUACCAGCUCAAUCUGAUGUUCCAAGAGGAAGACCAGGAAUGGGUGGAUGACAUCAUGAAGCCAGUUCUACAGGAAAGGUUUCCACAUCUUGAGAGAGUGGUCUUUGGUGACAACGACCUCCACCUCGGGAUGUUCUACAUAAACGCUCUCCAUUAUGCUGUUGAGAACAGCUUCAAGACUGUUCUCUUGCUAAGCAACAACUCUGUACGUGAAGCCUGGUUUAUUACCAAGGUACGUAUAGCCCUAGAGGAACUCAAUGACAGCAGACUGGACAAGGUCGUAUUGUUUUUCCUUGAGGAUAUUGACAAUGACAAUCUCCCAUACCUGGUUAGGUUGUUCCUGAGUAAGAACAAACCUUACAUGCUGUGGACAGAUGAUGAGGAUGGUAAAGAACUAUUCUGGGCACAGUUUGAGAAAAGCAUGAGGUCCAAUAAGGAACUCAAUAGUGUUAUCCCUGUUUAAUCGCAUGACCUGUCACAUGUAUCUCCAAAAUGUUGGCCUACUUUAAUAUUCACUGAUGAAUUAAAUCACUGGUAACUGGAUGAUCAUAAGGGUCUUCUCAAGACCCCAUGGUCGCGCAUGACACAACUUUGAUUUCCACUUGGCCCUGAUCAAAGCGUAUCCAAAGUCAACUCGGUCGUUCUUAGGACCCAUUUCGAGAUUGAAAGAGCCACAAAUAGUGCGAAAAUAUCUGGUCUAAGGAGCCUAGAAAACUCCUUCAACCAAUGCAUUGAGGUGUGUCUGGGACAAAUGAAAAGUGCAUUUGACUUGAAGAGUAUAAAUUCAAAAUGGAAAACAAUGAAUUUGUUGUUUUAGACCAAAAUUAAAUGUAACUUUUCAGGCAAGCCUGGUUGUGGAUAUCAAGCAGUAAAACAUGGCUGAAAAUAAUACAUGUAUGACUCACUUUGAAGAGUUGUAUGUAAUUGUUCUUUUGCACCAGUUCAAUAAUGAACAAUUUUACUCAUUUGCUGUGCAAGAAUUGCAGGAAAUGCAAGUUUUUUAUGUACAGAGUACUAAUGAGUAAUUCAAAUUGUAAAUAUGCUAGCAGCAGUGUUUAUGAUUCUCACUAUAAUAAAUCAACAUUGGGGUUGUAGCAUGUACUUUUGCAGUUUUUCUUGGGAGCCAUUCACAACAUGGUUAUUUGUACUGUUAUCGCAAUAUGUAUAUAUUCAUUGCAGAUAAUGUAUUAUUGUAUUGAUAUUCAUCAUCAUUGUAUGUUACUAUUGUAAAUUCAAUCUGGCGGCUAACCCAAUGGGGGGUGGGGCGAGCCUGGUUUUCAUGUUAAUUGUCAUGCUACGUUGCACAUGAUUUAUAAUAGAGACAAGUUAUAACACCAAUACACUAUACUAGUAUGAAUGUAAAUCAAUAUCUAAGAGCUGUGUUCAUACCCGGGCCCUGUUGCAUAAAACUUACUAUUAUGGUAACUACCACGGUUACAAUGCUCAACAGCCAAUCAGAAUCAAGGAUUCCAUGAAAGAUAUCAUUGGAUCGCAAAGUUACUAUGAUGGUAAGUUUCAUGCAAUGGGGCCCUUGUUUUAACACAAUUCGUCAUAGUUAUUGAUAACAUGUAUAAUUGUAAAAAAGUAUAUUGUUAUCUUUAUUUAAAUGCUGUAUAUAGCUGUAUCUGUAUUAUUGAUAAGCAUACAAAUAUAUGUUCAUGAAAAUCAAGGUUUGUGACCUUUGACCAUUUUGCUCUAAAUUUCUUCACCUUUCCUUGAGAUAUGUACACACUUGGUUGUGAAUAUUAAUAAAGAUCUUGGUGAAGCGUACAAAAAAUAUUUGAAGGCCUAUAAUGAUCUUUGCAUAUUCUUUGAUCGAUUAUUGAUAAAUAAAUGUUUAUCUACGUGUAUAUCACAGUUGCUGACACUUUUUUUUCUUUUUAUACUAAUCUUUGAGGUUGAAAUAAACUAAUCCUUUACCUAUGACCGUAAGGAUUCAUCAUCAUUAUAUCAGCCAUGUUCAGUGCACUGCAGGGCGAAGGCCUCCUAAAGCUGGUGCCAAAGGUGCUUGUCUUGUGCUGAUGCAAUCCAAUUUAUGCCAAUUAAUUUUGUGAGCUCGUCACUCCAUCUCAAAUUUUUCCUAACCAGAUUUCGUGACCCAAGCCAUGGUCUCCAUUCUGUGAUGCCUUUGGUCCAUCUAUUGUCAUGUGAUCUUGCAAGGUGGCCAGCCCAUCUCCAUUUCAUUGAUUUAAUUGCUUUAUGUCUAUUACUCUAGUCUGACUCCUAAUCCAUUGUAUGGUUUUCCUGUCACAUUUUGAUAUCCAUAGCAUUAUACAUUCCAUACUGUGUUGAGUGGUUUUUAAUUUCUGUUCCAUUUUCUAUGUUACAGACCAGGUUUCAGAACCAUAGGUCAUUGCCGGUAUAACACUUUGCUUAAAGACUUUUCUCUCAAGGCAAAUUGGCAUAUUGCUCUUCAUAAUGUCAUUAAAAUUCCCCAAAACCGAUCCAUCCAGCUCUUGUCCUCCUUUUAACUUCUUCCAGUCGUUCAUGAUCCAUUCUGACGUGUUGCCCAAGGUAGAUAUAAUGAUCUACUCUCUCAAUCUUAGAAUUAUCCAUUAUGAUUCUUUGCUCCGUAGCAAAUUUUUUAAACAUUACUUUUGUCUUUUUCAUGUUGAUCUUCAGGCCUACUUUGUUACUUUCAGUGUUGAGAUCGUUAAGCAUAUUUUCUAGCUUGUGACCAUCAUCAGUGAUUAGAAUAUCACUGGUUCCAAUUUUUUCUGACUUAUGAUCUUAUGAUUUUCAUUACAGAUCGAGCAUACUGAUCUUAUGAUUUUCAUUACAGAUCGAUCAUACUGAUCUUAAACAAAUAGGAGUAAUGCCGAGAAAAUUUGUUAACAAAAUGAUUAGAAUAUCAUCGGCAAAUCUCAGGUGGUGGAGACACUCACCUUCAAUGUUUUGCCCCAUACUUUCCCAUUGUAAUUUAUGAAUCAUUUCCUCCAGGGCAGCAUUGAAUGACCUUCCCGAAGGGGGGGGGGCACUUACAUUGAUGAGUGGAUACCAUGCGCGACCAAAAAAACACAUAAAAAGGAUGUCUUUUUCAAGAUGUAUAGAACGUGAUAAA